UUCCUCCCCCCACCCCGCCCCCACCCCACAAGUCCCCGAUUCUCGUCGGUCCUCGGCGCGGGCAGCGGGCGGCGGAGGCAGCGCGCCGCGGUCGCCGGGAGCCGGGAGCCCCGGGCGCCCGCGCCUCGGCGCACCAUGUUCCAGCCGGCGCCCAAGCGCUGCUUCACCAUCGAGUCGCUGGUGGCCAAGGACAGUCCCCUGCCCGCCUCGCGCUCGGAGGACCCCAUCCGUCCCGCGGCGCUCAGCUACGCCAACUCCAGCCCCAUAAACCCGUUCCUCAACGGCUUCCACUCGGCCGCCGCCGCCGCCGCCGCCGGCAGGGGCGUCUACUCCAACCCGGACUUGGUGUUCGCCGAGGCGGUCUCGCACCCGCCCAACCCCGCCGUGCCGGUGCACCCGGUGCCGCCGCCGCACGCCCUGGCCGCCCACCCCUUGCCCUCCUCGCACUCGCCACACCCCCUCUUCGCCUCGCAGCAGCGGGACCCGUCCACCUUCUACCCCUGGCUCAUCCACCGCUACCGAUAUCUGGGCCACCGCUUCCAAGGGAACGACACAAGUCCCGAGAGCUUCCUUUUGCACAACGCUCUGGCCCGAAAGCCGAAGCGGAUCCGAACGGCCUUUUCCCCAUCCCAGCUUCUGAGGCUGGAACACGCCUUCGAGAAGAACCACUACGUGGUGGGCGCCGAGCGCAAGCAGCUGGCGCACAGUCUCAGCCUCACAGAAACUCAGGUAAAAGUAUGGUUUCAGAACCGAAGGACAAAGUUCAAAAGACAGAAGCUGGAAGAAGAAGGCUCAGAUUCGCAACAAAAGAAAAAAGGGACACACCAUAUUAACCGGUGGAGGAUCGCCACCAAACAGGCGAGUCCCGAGGAAAUAGAUGUGACCUCAGAUGAUUAAACCCACAAAUGGAACCCCCACAGACGCGGACAACACGAAGCAAAACCGAGAUCGAGAGGAGGAGAAACAAAAAUAACAAACUUCCAAAUCAAAACCAAACCGCACACACGUUCACCGAGAAGGGGAGAGGGAGUGAGAGCAGCAGCGGAAGCUGGGGACCAGGAGGGCAGCGAGGACAGUCCCGAUCUGAGGCCGCGCGCGCACUGAGAUGGCAGAGGUCAGAGGCGGCUCCUUCAUCAACGCAACCCUUGUCUAAAGAGGCAGAGAGUGAGUGAGUGCGAGAGAGGAGGCAGAGAGUGAGAGAGUGAGUGAGAAGAGAGCGAGAAAGACUGAGCGAGAGAGAGGCAGAGAGAGGCAGAGAGAGACCCUAAUGUGGCCGAAGGCUUUCUGACAAGGGGAGCUGUCAGUCAAACACCAAACCAGCGAGACGAGAUGGUUGGCAGGCAUUCCGUUUAUCGCAGUCCGAUUUUUUUUCUAAAAAAGAUGAUAAUAACACAUACACAUACACACACACACACACACACACACACACACACACGCAAACACCCAACCAGGCACAGGACUUUUUACUUUGCACUUUGCAGUGUCCCCCCCCACCCAUGUUUAAAAGUAAUUAGUGAUAAUAACAAUCGAAAUUCCAUAGCCAGCCCCACCCCACACCUGUUCAAAAACUUGAAUUGCAUGUAGCAGUUGUUGGGUGAAUGGUGUCGAAAGACAGAAAAUGAAUCGUAAUUUUCUUUUCCUUUCAAAGACAGGUUCUGUGUGCCUUUUAUUUGGAUUUUUUUUUUUCGAGAACUGUGCAGUCUGUAAACACUUUUUGAUACCUUCUGACGUCAAAGUGAUCGUGAAAGCUAAGUGAAGUAGGGCUCCGCAUAGUGGUCCUCAUACUGAGAAAUGGGGAGCAGGAGGGGGGCUGGGGGGCGGGGGAGGGUGCCCAGGAGGAGUCAGGACUUGUACUGGAACAAAAAAAAAACCCUAAAUUAAUUGUUUUUCUUGGACAUUCCCUUUCCUAACAUCCUGGGGCUAAAACCAUGAGGUAAAAUUUCUCCUUUUAUUGUUUGGAGAUAUUGACUGAGUUCAACAAUUCACCGGCAAGGCCAUUCCAAACUUUAAAUCUACUGCAGAAACUGACGGACUGUAGUUAGCGGGGAUGAUGUGUUAAGUGUGGCCAAGGACAUGGGCAGCGUGUUUUCAAGCACUGAGUUUCUAUUCCAAGAUCAUAGACUUACUAAAGAGAGUGACAAAUGCUUCCUUAAUGUCUUCUAUACCAGAAUGUAAAUAUUUUUGUGUUUUGUGUUAAUUUGUUAGAAUUCUAACACACUAUAUACUUCCAAGAAGUAUGUCAAUGUCAAUAUUUUGUCAAUAAAGAUUUAUCAAUAUG